CGUAACGUCAUGUACAUUGACGAAUGGCAUCCGAUGAUCCCAGAUAAUCGUACUAUCACCGCUGGUAUCACUCACGUAAUCAUGGCAUUUAUCGAUCCAAAAAACUUCUCGACGACAACCGAUUAUUCCCCCAGCCCCGUUAUCAUGCAAGUUCAAGAUUUGCGACAUCACUUCGACAAUGGUACAAAAAUCGGAAUUGCUCUCGGUGGUUGGGGCUCUUUCAGCGACGGUUUCAGCGAUGUAGCGACAGAACAGUACCGGGCCGGGUUUUCAGCCAACUUGGCUCAAUGGAUGGACCGACAAGGCUACGAUUUCGUGGAUAUUGACUGGGAAUACCCCGGCGGGAACGGGGCUUCACAGCCAUCAAACGCCACGGCAGACAUCGAAAACUUUCCGCUGCUCUUGGACGCAAUCAAGAAGGCACUCAAACCCGGAAAGAGCGUUAGCAUCUCGGUAGCUGCUACUCCAAUCGGCAUGGGAGCCUUCAAGUCUGCCGAGAAGACAAAGUCCACCUGGGAGACCGUCGAUUUUGUCACAAUUAUGGCAUAUGACUACGUCAAUCGAGCGAGCAAAAGGACAGGACAUCAUACCGAUGUUGAGGGAUCCAAAGCCGCGGUCCAGAGGUACAUCGACCUUGGCCUUCCUCCGGAGAAGAUAAACCUCGGCUUCCCCUUCUACGCCAAGUGGUUCCAAGUCGAGGACAAUUGCCACAAUCUAACGACUCCCGACAGCUGCGAGAUCGUGCCUGCUCAAGACGCAGAUGGAGCAGACAACUACAAAAGCGGUGUCCUAACUUUUGAGAUGAAGAACGUACAACCCCCUCCAUUACCAGCUUCACUGGAGCUGACUGUAGAUGCAACCUGUGGCGUCCACAAUAACACUGCUACUACCAAGAAGUGCGCAGAUGGAUACUGCUGCUCUCAGGACGGCUGGUGUGGCAAUACAACUGCGCAUUGUCUACCGCUUUGUCAGACCGGAUAUGGCGAGUGUCGCGGCCCGGAUGCCAUUGCGUCUUUUAAGCGCGCGAGAGAAAACUUCAAGUACGACGAGGGUAAAGGGGCGCUCUGGUACUUUGAUGAGACGACUAGCCCGCGACUUUUCUGGACAUGGGAGAAUACUGACCUGAUGUCGCGCAAGUUUGACGAGAUUGUCAAUAGUCCAGCGAACAAACUCGGCGGCGUAGCGGCGUGGUCUCUAGGAGAGAACUCUGCUGGAUGGAUGCAUGUGCUACAAAUGCAGAACAUGACACGAUUGCGAAGCUCGGAUAACCAGAGUGAGGGCGAGGGAAUGGGAAUAGGAGAGUGCCCACGCCUUCCUUGAAGCAGUUGCCAGGGGAAGCUAGAGGCCAAUGGGCAUUCCUGUUCCGAAGGGACUAGCAUGUAUUCGUUAGGAUAAGCUAUGCCCUAGAUUUCUAUAUUCAAGACUCGAAGGCAUUGGGUUAGUUUAAAUACAGUGCUUACUAUAUGACAAUCACUAUGCGCUACUUACCUGGUAUGGGAAAAGACUUAACAAUCAACUGUGCAGACUGAGUUGGAUACAAUGUGUAUCAAUGCUGAGCUACAUAGUAGCCCCUUCACAUUUCUUUCAUGGACACGAUAUCUUCUGUAUACCGCUACGUAUUAGUAUAUCCAGGCCUAUAAUAUAAAAAUACUCCGCAAAGCGAUAUGAAGAAC